AUGGCGCUUGUGCGUUCUCGUGAGUAUAAACUCGGCCCCACCCUUAUGGUGACGAGCCGCCUCGAGAUAUACAACCGCUUGAUGAUGGAUUUCCUAGUGAACCAGGUCUACCGAGGAGUCAUCGUUUUUACCAUGCACUCCGUGUGUCUCUUCGAGACGUACCUCGAUCUGGUCUUGAACGUCUUCGCACUGAGUUUUAUCACGAAGCUCGACGAGGAGACUGGCGACAUCACUGCUAUCCACUUGCUCGACGAUGAGCGCGACCGGCCAGUGCAGGGGUCGCCUCUCGGAGCGGAGGAACCCGUUGGUGAAGACGGUGAUGGAGAUCAUCCGUCGCGUGCGGGAGUACGCUAG